AAAAUUCCACUCUGACAAUUCACAGCACAUCCCAACAACUGUUUAUCUCCUGCAACCUCUUACUAGAAAAUCUCAACUUCUACUGUUCUAUUUGCAACACCUCAAUCCUCAUUGAUUCAUUUGAACCCAAAAGCUUUCAUUUGGCAGUUCGAGUUGAAAUCCUGUCCUGGCAAUAUGGAUCAUAUUAGUCCACAAUCCAUAGGAGGUGAUGGGAUCAAACGGGUGCAGAUUGGUAACAAGUUAAACACUAAUUUUGGUCCUGAUGGAAUCAAGUUGAACACUAAUUGGGGUUCUGGUGGAAUAGAAACCAUAUUUGAACCUCAGGGAUAUGGUGAUGCAAUUACACCAGGUCCAGAAGAAGCUGGUUCUACAUCAAAACCAACUGUCAAUGCACCAGAGAAGAAGCUGACUCUAUUUGCUCUUCAACUUGCAGUUCUGGAGAAAAUGGCCACCGGGUUUGGAGCUCUGGGAUUCAUCUGGGCAACCGUUGUUCUUCUCGGUGGUUAUGCGAUUGUACAAUCCGUAAUUGACUUCUGGUUCAUCACCGUCAUACUCUUAAUUGAAGGCGCCAGAAUCUUCAGCCGCAGUCAUGAGCUUGAAUGGCAACACCAAUCUACAUGGACGAUUGCAAAUGCCAGCAAACAUAGUUUCAAUGCACUGAAAUCGAGCUCCAAUGUAAUUGUUCGAGCCAUAAGAAGAAUUACAGAGGAAAUUUCUGGAAUCCAACAAAGCAGAGAACUCCAAGGGAAGACCAACGAGGCAGGACCCAGCAAUCGGUUAACUGGUAGAUAUGGCCAAGAACUCAAAGAGAAGAUCAAUGAGGGAAAAACCAGCAACCGGCCAAGACGUACAUGGAGAUCAUCAGAGGUUCCCCUGCUUCCAUAUGCAGAUUGGAUUUUUCAAUCUAAGAACAUCAGUAAGUUAUUGUCUUGGCUUCAGUUGUUAUCAGCCUUAGCUUGUAUAACGCUUUCAGUAAUGAGGCUCGUUCAGUUGACCCAUGGUGACGCAAUUACACAAAGCCUAGAAACUGCGAACUUGAGAUCUGCCCUGAAUAUCUUUUAUGGUUUGGCCUUGGCUGAAGCUUUCUUGUCUCUGUUGGGGAAACUCUACUGGGAAUGGACGAUUAUGCAUCGCAAAUUGCUGGAGGAGGUGAACAAGGAGUGUGAGUUGGGAAGUUCCGGCAUGAUUUCCAUCCAAAGGUUCUUCUAUGAUGCCUAUUCGGAAUGUGUUAAUGGAAGCAUCUUUGAUGGCUUAAAGCUGGAUUUGGUUACUUUUGCUACAGAGCUUUUGGCCUCUCAUUCCAGCGAAGAGCAGCUAAUUGGGGCUCAAAUUCUUCAGAAGUUCUCCAAUAAUCCCCGAUUCUCUGGUGAUACACUGCAGAAGAUUGGCACAUCUACAUCGGUUAUUGAAAGAUUGGUAGAGAUGUUGAACUGGAAGAACCCACAAGAAGCAGAGAUCAGGGGAGCAGCUGCACAGAUUUUGUCCAUACUAGCUGGAAAAAAGCAGAACUCCCUUCGAGUUGCAGGAAUUUCUGGUGCAAUGGAAUCUAUAUCAUCUUUGCUCUACACUCAACGUAGCUCUGACGGUGUAUUUGAUGAACUCGGGGAGAAACAGAUAGUUUUCGAUAAAGAAAAUUAUGAGUUUUCUGCCUAUAGCCAAUUGGGUCUCACCAUUCUCAAGAAACUUGCACGCGACCACGAUAAUUGUGAGAAGAUCGGUACCACGAGAGGCCUCCUGCUCAAAAUUAUCGACUUCACACAUACAGGAGAGGAGUUGCUCAAGAACACCCAGGACACAGACCAUAGGAUAUUGGCAGUGAAACAAUCCUUGCAAGUGCUACAGUUGCUCGCAAGAACAUCUGGUAAUGUGGGCAAGCAUCUGAGGCAAGAGAUUGUGGAGAUUGUUUUCACAGUAAGCAACAUCAGAGAAAUUCUCAAGUAUGGUGAGAAGUACCCAAAGCUUCAACAUGUAGGAAUCGUGAUUUUAACUAGCUUGGCCUUCGACGUUGAGGCAAGAGAGAGGAUUGGAAGCACAGGCGGAAUCAUUAAAGAAUUGUUCCGGAUUUUCUUCCAAGAUCCAAAUUCUGAAGAUCAGAAUCGUGUGAGGGUUGCAGCAGGGGAGGCAAUUGCAAUGCUUGCACUGGAGAGCGAUAAGAACUGCUCUAGGAUAUUGAAUCAGAUGGUACUAAAAAAGCUCGUGAGGGCACUCGAAGAUCCAGCGCUUCGCAUUAAUUCGGCCAGAAUUUUAAGACAUUUGUGCAAAUUCGCUGGACAAGAUUGCUUUGAACAAUUAAAGGGAGUCUCUGCUGCUGCACCCACAGUGCUGAUGGCGAUAAUGUUAGAAGAGAACAAACUACAAGAAGUAAUGCUCGGUCUAGCAACACAGGUGUUCAAAUUCAUGACUCCUGAAGAAGUAAGUAUCACGUUUAAUCGGACUCGAAUUGGUGAUGCCAUAUUUGCAAGGAAACUCCUAGACAUUUUGAAAUUUUACAAAUAUCCAUCGGCCAAAGUUCCUAGAAUGAGGAGGUUUGCGAUUGAGGUAGCACUUUUGGUGAUGACGAACAGCAAAGCAAUGGUAAAAAUUUUCAGAGAUCUUAGGAUGGAGCAGGAGCUCGAGAUUAUGAGAGAGACCACAUCAGAGAUCGAGAGCUUUAACAUUUUCUCGGGAACUAUUGGACUUAGCCGGCACAACAUACCAAUCCACUCACUAGUCGAUAAAGCACUCGAGUUGCUAGCAAAUGGAUGAAAAUUUGGAAUUAAG